CAUCAACUUGUAUACUAUGUUAUUAUAUUAACAUUACGACCAUUAUCAUUUAUUAGCUUUUUCGUUUCAUAAAUUUAUAUAUUCCCGUUGUUACUCAGUACUUACAUUAAAACCAAAAGAUACUUAAGGAAGUUAUCAAGAUUGCACGAUGGAAGGUGAUACAUUAUUCAAUGAAGCUCAAAAACUUGAAAAAAGAUUUCUUCAAUACAAACAAUUUUGGGAUAAUUUAAUGCAGCAAUCAAAUUCACUGGAUAAAGAAAAGUUGUUGCUGUGUAAUCGAUUAUCAAAAUUGAAUUUCGAAAUAAACAAUUUACAAAAAAACAAAACCCAACUCGACAAACUAAAGUGUAAAUUAGAAAUGGAUGUGGAAGAAUUAUCUGAGAAAAGUAAACAAUAUGAAUUUUUAAAAACCCAUCUUGAAGUUCUAAAUCAACGCAAAGAUCAAUUGGAAAAAUAUUCAUUAACAAAAGGAUUGGAAUUUGAAGAAAAUAUGUUACAAGAUAAAAUAGAUAAUGUAUGGAAGUAUUUCAACGAUAAGGAUUCUAAAUUGGAUGAAGAAAUUAAAGAACUAGAAUUGAAAUUGGCUAAUCGACAGGAGAUGGUAUCUAAAAUGUUUGAGAAAGAGUGUAACCAGUACAAGAAAUCUAUAGAGAAACUUAACAAUGAAAACAGUGUAUUAAAUAAAAAGUUAUGCUUGAUUAGUAAGAUCAGAGAAGACUCAAACGAAUGACCCAUAAAAUAACUUAAGUAUUUUGUUUUAACAAGUGUUAAGCAAUAAUAAUUCUUCUUUAUAAAUAUUGUGCAAUUGUACAAUAAUAAGGAUUUUAGAUACAACUAAACGUUGUAAUUAAUUAUAUUUAUUUUUAACUAAUCAUACUGUUAUAAAUUAAAAAUUAAAAUCAAAUCUAUU